CGAUUCCAGCAUCAGCUCUCAGGAUUGUACUUCCAACCAGAUCUCCAGUUCUUUCAUCACCUAGUUUCCAUCAUGAUACAUCUAUCCUCAAGAGAGAAUAUCCUUACCCAAUGCAAUUAAGUGCACCAAGUGACCGGAGGUUGAAAACAAUAUGACCAUGUGAUUGUUGAUUUCAUCCUGAUGGAAUGAAACUGGCAACCGCGAGGGGUUGAAAGGGGGUUGCUGCUGUAGUUUCGCGCAUGCUGUUUCUACCUGCCGGCAAGAGGGUUGGUUUUAGCGGGUAACGGCGACUGAUAGAGAGUACGUGCAGCCGGAGGAAAGGGUAGUUUCAUCCGGGCUUUAUAUAAGGGUAGGUACAGUUUGAAACUUAGUCAUAAACUGCUUUUGGUUGAUGCAUGUAGUCCGCUUCUUGCGCGACUUCGAAAAGGAACGUGAUCUAUCCGACGAUUAACGCGUUCAAUCGACACGUGGUGCUUUUUCGUUUGCUUUUUCUCCUUUUUCGUGUCGGUGAUAAAAAAAAAAUAAAAAAAAAAAAAAGCGGAAAAGUGUAGAAGUGUAAAGGCAGAGAAAUAUAGGAAGAAUGUCCUUGAACCGUAGCACCGUGGACAAUGUCGUUUACGAUGCCGAGGAUCAAGUCAGUCCGAUGGUGUACGUCGCUGCAGCGAUCGCAUUGGGAUUUAUUGGAUUUUUUGGUUUCACCAUGAAUCUUCUGGUGGCGAUCGUGAUCGUCAAGGACGCACAGAUACUGUGGACACCCGUCAACGUGAUCCUGGUUAAUCUCGUCGUUGGCGAUUUCCUGGUGGCUGCGUUUGGAAAUCCUGUUGCGAUGGUUUCUGCUAUCACAGGCGGAUGGUACUGGGGCUACAAAAUGUGCCUCUGCUACGCUUGGUUCAUGUCCACCCUGGGGUUCGCCAGUAUCGGGAACCUGACAGUAAUGGCUGUUGAAAGGUGGUUACUGGUAGCCAGACCGAUGAAAGCUCUGUCCAUAAGGUAUGCGAUAACACUUGGAAUCUUCGUCUGGAUCUAUGCACUCUGCCUCUCUCUGCCACCACUAUUUGGCUGGGGUAGUUACGGUCCAGAGGCAGGAAACGUGUCUUGCAGCGUGUCCUGGGAAGUACACGAUCCUCUUACCAAAAGCGACAGCUACAUAGGAUUCAUCUUCGUGUUUGGUCUGAUCAUCCCCGUCUUGGUGAUCAGUAGCAGUUACGUGGCAAUUAUAGUGACCUUGAGAAAAGUGCGAAAGAGAGCAGGCGCAAGCGGAAGACGCGAGGCAAAGAUCACGAAAAUGGUUGCACUAAUGAUAACUGCUUUCCUGCUCGCCUGGUCGCCUUACGCUGCUCUCGCGAUCGCCGCACAAUAUUUCGACGCGAAGCCAUCGGCAUCGGUGGCUGUGCUUCCGGCGUUAUUGGCCAAAUCCUCCAUCUGCUACAACCCCAUAAUCUACGCAGGUUUAAACAGCCAAUUUCCCCGCUCUCUGAAGAAGAUCUUCGACGUACGAAUCGCGAGAUCCACCUUACCAGACAGUCAAAACACCGCGUUGACGUUGUUGAACAGACAAGAGCAAAGGAACUGAGGGCCACUGUCUCUAUCGAGCAACGCCAUAAGUGUCUGCAGCUAUGUAGACGUUGGAUGAAUCGUGGAACCAUAGAAUAUAAUUCGUCUUAACAACGUGGUUCUUCCUUCUCGCCCCUCGGUUGUUUGCUUUCGCCUCUUUUCGCCCGCUGAAUUUGCUUAUCCGAUUACGGAUUCACGUACGUGAGCGGAUCUUUUGUUUUUGCGAUCGAAUUAGUCGCGAGAACCGUGUUGAAUUUUGCCGGAAUACGCUAAACGUUCUUUCGUUUCGAUGCGAAUAUCUUAACACCUGGUGGAAGUUUCGAAAAUCGCGGAGAAAAGCAAACGAUACGCGUUCUUUUCUUUCGUUUUCCAGUAUUUUCGUUUGCUUUUUACAGUCUUCGUGACUCUCACGCGUUCCCAUGUGUUAAUUAAUGCGUGAAUCUUUUUUCGCUGCUUGGUUCCACCGAUGAACGUCGCAGUGUGUCUCUCGAAGAUCGUUCGUGUAAUGAAUCAUGCGAAUAAGAAGAAUUGAAUUUCAUUACGGUUUGGUCUCGCGCAGCGUGACAUUUCUUUACCUUCUUCUUCUUCUUCUUUGAUUUCAUUUUCUUUCUAUCAUUCGUAGCAGGUAGCUUGAAUAUAUUUUGACGCAGGUAAAUUGCUAAAAUGCCGAAUAAAAGAAACACCGAAGUUUUGAGUAGAGUAAAAUAGAGUUAUUUGAGUUCGAAGGAUAUUUGAGUCAAGCUAAGUAAUUUGCCUUGCGCUUCGCCGAAUCUCACAAUGAACAAUUUCCAAGCAAGCCACGUUUCGAGAUAUUCGACUUGUUAAUCACGCGAUAAACGAGAAGAGGGCUGAUCAUAAUGUCACCGAGAGAAACGAUAAGAAUCUUGAUUAAACUUCAUUUAUAAUCUAUAUUACACGCCACAUGUUUUAAAUCCAUAAAACGACAAUUGGUCGUAAAUUAAAACGUGGGAGGAAAAAAGCAAAGCUUGGAGCAAUGACGCAAUUACGUUAUCCAUCAAGUAUCGAUCGUAAAGCAGACGUGUUGUUGUAAUUUACAAAUAAAAAUAGCCAAUAAGCAAUCA